GUAAAAUAAAAAUAAAACAAAGAGUAUGUACAUCAUAUAUUUAUAGGCGUAGCCUUGUGAUACAAUCCUACUCCUACCGAGUUACGGACUUACCAAAUAUACGACUUCGACCUUAUCUUUUCGUCCAAAAUAAAAACACGGUUUAACGAUUUUAACUUUUGAAUACAGCGAAAGAAAGAUUAUUUACCAAAAAAAAUAAAAAAAAAAAUACAGCGAAAGAUAUCGAGAGGGAAGAAGACAGAAGAGGAACGAACUCAAAAGAAGCAUGGCGACAAGAUCAAUAUUAGCUCGAUUUUCUUCAAAUUUCGCUCUUCGAAUCCGCCACAAUCGCAGGAUUCUCACCUCAAAUUCCAAUUCCUUUUCUUCAUCUACUUCUGCUGCUGUUUCGGAUUCUUCUUCUUCGCCUCAAGAUGACAUUCAUAUUACUGAUAAUUGUGUUCGAAGGAUGAAAGAAUUGCAAGCUAGCGAAAAUGGGAAAAAGAUGCUUCGUCUUAGUGUAGAAGCUGGUGGAUGUUCUGGUUUCCAGUAUGCUUUUGCGCUGGAUGAUAACAAAAACAAUGAUGACAGAAUUUUUGAGAAGGAUGGUGUCAAGUUGGUGAUCGAUAAAAUUUCGUAUGAUUUUGUUAAAGGUUCGAGUAUUGAUUAUGUCGAGGAGCUUAUUCGUUCAGCUUUCCAGGCCAGUCUUCUUUUCUUGAAAAGUUUGGUCGUUGAAAAUCCAAGCGCUGUAGGUGGAUGCAGUUGUAAAAGUUCAUUCAUGGUGAAGCAGUAGUUCAAACUUCAUAUAGUAUACUUACAUAUGGUCAUGGCAAAUUCCGAUUCUUUUUGGCUCAGCUACAAACAUCUGUGGAUCCCUAAUACUGAUAAGCAUACCAUUGGGUUGAAAUUAAUGCCCACUAUCACGAUGUAACUUAGACUAUAAUGCAAGUUGAUGUCGAGGAUUAUUCCCAUUGCUAUUGACUGUUGCUACCUUUUGUAUUUAUAUUCAUGUGAUGGCAAAGCUUUGAUGAAUAUAAACCUCUGAUUUGUAUUAUUUUUUUGGUGAACGUUUUGUAUUGUUUGUAACAUCUCUGAAAUAAGUAAAUUUUAUCUAGUGGUCACACGUUAUUUCUGAAA